AUGGUUACUGCAGAUAUUGUUCGAACAGUGGUUGGCAUCAUAGGAAACAUCAUUUCGGGGUGCCUUUUCUUGUCUCCAGUGCCAACAUUUCUGGAGAUACGGAAAAAGGGAUCAGUGGAGGAGUACUCAGCAGUGCCAUACAUGGCCACACUGAUGAACUGCAUGGUUUGGACUUUGUAUGGCCUACCAAUGGUGCACCCUCACAGCUUGCUGGUAGUGAGCAUCAAUGGUGGAGGAUGCGUGAUUGAGAUGAUCUAUAUCACCCUGUUCUUCUUCUACUCUAAUCGCACCAAGAGGCUCACCCUCUUCCUUUGCCUCUUCUUGCAACUCCUCUUCCUCACGCUUCUCUCCAUUCUCACCUUCACUACCAUUCAUGAUGUCGAAAAACGUUCUGCUGUUGUUGGAACCGUCUGCGUCAUCUUCAACGUUGCCAUGUACGCUUCGCCCUUGUCCGUCAUGAAACUGGUGAUGAGGACCAAAAGCGUUAAGUACAUGCCAUUUUCCCUCUCUCUAGCGUCCUUUGGCAAUGGUGUGUCUUGGACUGCAUAUUCUCUCAUCCCUUUUGAUCCUUUCAUGGCUAUACCAAAUGGGAUCGGGACAACAUUUUCUGUGGCACAACUAAUUCUGUACGCAACCUAUUACAACUCCACUAAGAGGCAGAUAGAAGGAAGGAAUGCCAAAGGGGUAGGAGAGGUGAAUCUCUCAGAGGUGGUGGUCGGUAACAAUGAUCAAGAUCCUAACAAUAUCAACGGGAUUUAUGUUUUUCCCGAUGGGUGGUGGUUCUUCUUCGGUGAGUUGGUGUUCCCUCGUUCGCAAUUGCUUGGCGAAGUGGUUCGUGGCUCGUGUUUGUCUCGUUUUGGGGUUGGCUUUAAAGUGUCAAUGUCUUUGAAUCAAGGAUGUUCGUCUUGCUCAUGGGGGAUCUCUCGCGGUGGUACAUCUAGGGGAUUCGUUGGAAGCCACAUAUGCCAUUGUGGGGAGGUUCCUGUGUUGAAAGUGGCAAAAACAGUUAAGAAUGAGGGGAAGCAAUUCUGGGGCUGCCCUAAUUACAAGCGGACAAGAAAUGAAAAAGUUCAAGGAUGCAAUUUCUUUAAAUGGCGUAACGAAGAUAAUGUAGAUGAUGUUGGUAGUACUAUUGCUAGGCAAAGGAGAAAGAUUAAUAGCUUGGAGAAAUCUGUUAUGGGUUUUCAGAAAAGGGAGAAGAUGUUCAUUUGGAUGCUAUCUUUUCUGGGGUUGAUUAACAUCAUCCUUCUUUGUAUUUUGUUUAAAAGUCCAUGA